AUGGGAAUACCUAGCGUCUACUUCUCUGUCUGCGGCGCCUCCUCCAUCUCCUACCUCCACCACGUCCACACGUACGGGACCGAGGCCGGAUUCCCAUCUCCGGCAAUGAGCAUGCCGGAGUCGAAGCUAGCCAGGAUGAGGAACACCGUUCGGCCGAAUAUAAAGGGGGCAGAUGAUGACUAUCCCUUCGGGAAUUAUAGAACAUCCACAGACAUUGCAUUGGUGAAGAGCUGUAGAUGUGUUGACAAGAAAUACGUAGACUAUCUUUCGACCUUAUGCAAGAAAAGGAUCGUUUGCACAGGUCCAAUGAUUGCUUCCGAUGCUGAUGAGGACGACAAGUUCGAGAAGUCUGAAAUCAUGGAGUGGCUGAACAAGAAAGAGGUUGGUUCCACCAUAUACAUCUCCUUUGGGAGUGAAUGCUUUUUAUCUAAAGAGCAAAUUGGGGAGAUAGCAAAAGGGUUGUUGUCGAAUAAAGAUGUGAACUUUUUGUGGGUGGUGAGGUUCCCAUUUGAGGAGAGGGAGAGAAGGGUUGAGGAAGUGAUGCCGGUAGGGUUUCUUGAAGCGGCAGGGGAGAGGGGUUUGGUGGUGACGGGAUGGGCGGCGCAGAGGAGGAUAUUAGGGCAUCCAAGUGUUGGUGGAUUUUUGAGCCAUUGUGGGAGGAGCUCGGUGACGGAGAGCUUGUAUUUUGGGGUUCCGGUGGUGGCAGCGGGGAUGAAUGCGGAGCAGCCAUUGAAUGCGCAAUGGAUGGUGGAGUUGGGGGCGGGGGUGGAGGUUGAGAGGGAGGGUGGGGUAGGGGUGUAUUUAGGGGAGGAGAUUGGGAGGGCGAUUGAGAAGGUGAUGGUGGUGGAGAAGGAGGGUUUGAGGAGUAGGGCUAGGAGUUUGAGUGAGCUGAUGAGAGAAAAGGAGGGAGAGGAGGUGAGAGAAAUGGCUUCUAGGCUUUUGGACAUUUGUCUCAAGAACAAGAGGAUGGCAUGA